AUGAGUUCGGAAUCGGGCCAACAAGACGUUGAAUCGAAGCCAAAAUCGGUUGGGAGUACCAGUGCUCACGAAUACGAGGAUGUGCUUCAAAUUAUUGGAUUCGGGCGUGUGCAAUGGAUCGUCCUUUUUGCCGCAGGACUUCUCCUGAUGAUGGUCAUAAACGAGACCAUGGGCAUGUCCUAUAUUACCAUAGUAUCCCAGUGCGAUUUCGAGAUGAACUCAAUGGAUAAGGCGGUCAUGAGUGCGGCCAGUUUUAUCGGCAUAUUCUGCUCAUCCUACUUUUGGGGUUACCUGAGUGACACUAUAGGUCGCAGACCAGUGCUGAUCUAUACGACGAUCGCCGGGAAUUUCUUAUCCUUAUGCUCCACCGUCAUCCCGAACUAUUGGCUUUAUGUGUUCAUUCGUUUCGGUGUUGGAUUUUUCAUUGCGGGAGCAUCAUCAACAACCUAUGCGUAUCUUGGGGAAUUCUUCACUCCCCGUCACCGUCCAAUUGCCAUUAAUUACGCUAGUCUCUUCGUGGGAGUGUCCACCGUCUAUGUUCCAGCUACCGCGUGGCUAAUACUUUCGAUGGAGUGGAGUGUCAGUAUAACCGAUGACUUCUCAUUGCGUCCUUGGAGACUGCUGACCAUUUGCUACUUGCUGCCUGGUGUUGUGGGUACAUUGAUGUUAUGGUCUCUUCCCGAGAGUCCAAAGAUCCUAAUGUCCUUGGACAAAACUGAAGAGGCUUUUGCGGCAGUCGAUUGGAUUGCAGUGACGAAUUCGGGCAAACACUUGCACGAAUUCAAGGUUCAUAAACUGAAAACGGAAGAUAACGCGAAUGGAGAAAAUAUACUGCUCAUAUCCAAGUCAGCGUUUACCACAAUCAAGAAAAUGUGGAAGGAAACUAUGCCGCUGAUAAGAAGACCUCACUUGCUGAACUUCGUAAUCAGCUGUACGAUUAUGUGUGGUCUAUUUUUCAGUUCUUCGGGCAUGGGUCUCUGGUAUCCAGAAAUUCAAAAUCGAUUGGGCUCAAAUACGGCGGACGACUCAAUGACUGUUUGCCAAGUAAUUGAUGCGUCAAUAGAUCAAAUGCAAGCGAAUGCAACCAAUAAGAUCUGCGACGACCACAUAAACACCAAGAGCUAUAUAGACACCAUCACCUAUGGAUCGGCCCUAAUCAUUGGCUAUAUCUUGAUGGGUCUCGUUAUAAACACGAUCGGUCGCAAGGCCUCCAUUUCAAUUGGAUUAACGCUAGCUGGAGCUUGUGCAAUUGCGCUGAUCUUUAUAAAGGACGAGGUGGCCAUAGUGGUUUGCUUCUGCUUGUAUCUGGUACUGCCGGGACUUUGUGUCUCCAUUCUGAGUGGAGCAGUCGUCGAUCUGGUGCCCACCCAUCUGCGUGGAAAAGCGGUGUGCAUUUGCCUCAUGUUGGGUCGCACGGGAAGUGUUUUCGGUAGUAACAUUAUCGGAGUGCUCCUGGAAUCCUAUUGCUCUCUUACUUUCGGGGUCUUCUCUGGAAUUGUGCUGGUAUGUGCAAGUCUGACGUUGCUGUUGCCUAUUUAAGAUUUAUCAUUAUAGUUUAAGUAGCUAAGUUUAUUUUAAGCACCAAAAUAAAUUAGAAUGUUUAAGAAAUCAA